GAUUUCUUCCCCCUCCUAUAGCACCCUCCCAUUACAUUGAAAUUCUUACACUAGCUUAGGUUGAAUAUAUCCUUUGUUUCCAUGUUCGAAAAUGGAGAUCGUCCCGCCGUACUCCUGACACACGGCCUACCUCUACCUAUUAUUUAUGUUCUUACAAUUGGCCUGCAGGGCGGUGCGGAUUAUUGGAAUCCAUCCGCCAUUUUUAACGGAUUGCUGUCGUCGUCCACCGUCGGAUCAAUUGAAAUAAUGGACGGCCAGGAUUCCAACACAUCUUCGACGACGGCGGCGGCGGUAGUGAGCCGCUGCUGCGGAGGCCGGAGAUCGGAGGAGGACGAGGAUGAGAGCGCAGCGGCGGCGGCGGCGGCGUGCAGCGGUAAGUCAUGCCAGUCGUGCACGGCGGGGGCAAUCGCCGAUUGCGUGGCGGUGUGCUGCUGCCCCUGCGCGGUGGUGAACUUCUUGACGCUGGCUUUUCUCAAGCUGCCGUGGGCGGUGGCGCGCCGCUGCCUGGGAAGGAGGAGCCGCCGGCAGCAGCGGCGGCUGGAGGCGCCGGAAGGGAGGGGGGACAUGGAGGGAAUUUCCGAGAAGAUGAGGGUGGAAGAGGGAAUAUCAGAAAUUGCAUUAUCGGCUUCCGGUGUGACUGUGUAUGAGCGAAAUGACAAUUUUGGGGCUGAGUUUAAGGUGGAGGAGGUGUGGUUGGAGGUUGGACAUAUGGGUUUUGGAAGGGUUUCUUUCACAGGGACUCCUCCUGCGCAAACCCAGGGCAGUUAGGUCAUUUCGUCUUCAAUCCCCUGUCCUUUUCAGACCGUCCUGUCUUCCUUAUUUUAACCUCUAGCUUUGGCAAGCUUAGUUUAGUUAUGUUUCUGUUGCUCAUAAAUUUGCAUGUGUUCUUCCUAUAACAUCAGUUUCUUCAUGCAUGCUGUUAAUUUAAUUAAUCA